AUGCGGCUUGCUGCCCUUAGCAGCAGCGGCAGCCGCAGGAACGACAGCAGCAGCAACAGCAGCAGCAGCACAAAGAGCAGCAGCAGCUCGAAGAGCAGCAGCAGCAGCAUAUGCUCACCUGAUCCAGGAGAAGCAGCAGAAUAUGAUGACACAGAUGAGGAGCUCAACUUCCUUUUUUACGAUGGUUUGAUAAACAAGGACAUCUUUCGUGGAUCUGCUUACCGCGCUUCUUCUGCUGCAUUUUUUGCUUUGUUUGAUUACUUUUGGAGGCCUUAUAGACGCCUUUAUGAGAAGCAGAGUAAAGAAGCAAUUAACUCAAGAAACAAAGACGAAGAAGCAGCUUCAUAUAUACUAACCGGCAGGGAAGACAUAUGUUUAUUUAAAGUGCAGCAGCAACAACACACAAUAACAGAUCAAACAAAUACGCGAAAAGAUAAUCUUCUGCUGCACUUCCCAAUCCCUAUAGCCAGAGAGACAUUUGCUUGCACUCCACCACCAGCAGCAGCAGCAGCAGAAGAAGCAGCAGCAGGAGGAACAGCCGAAGCAGCAGCAGCAGCAGCAGAAACUUCUGCUGCUGCUGCUGCUGCUGCUGCUCCUUUUGCUGCUGAACCCGCACAGGAGGGCCAAAUAUACCGUUCAGCAGGACCCGUGCAGCAGCAGCAGCAGCAACAACAGCAGCAGCAGCAGCAGGGGGAGCAUCUGCAUGAGCAUCAGCAGCAGCAGCAGCAGCAACAGCAGCAGCAGCAGCAGCAGGGGGAGCAUCUGCAUGAGCAUCAGCAGCAGCAGCAGCAGCAGCAGCAGCCGGAGUCAGGUGGCGGCCAGACUUCUUCUUUUUGUUCUUUGAACUCUGUCUCUCCUUUAAUAACAUCUUUAGUAAUAGAGCACUGCAGCAGAAGCAAGAAGAGACAGUAUUCAACUACAAUAAUCUCAGGUCUGUGGCUGCUGCCUCCACCGUCUUUGGGGCCGCACAAGACAGCUGAGGUGUACAUGCAGCAGCUUAAACUCGCGCUGCAGCUGUUUACAGACCAAGGCCUAAUUAUCUUUUCUGAUAGCUUCUUCCUACCACGCGUCAAGCAAGCUGUUAAUGAAGCAGCAGCAGCAGCAGCAACUGCAGCAGGAAAUGCAGCAGCAGCAGCAGCAGCUGCUGCUGCUGCACCAGGAGCAGCAGGAGAAACUGUAGCAACAACAGCAGCAGAAGCACCAGGAGCAGCAGGAGAAACUGAAGCAACAGCAGCAGCAGCAGCAGCAACAGCAGCAGGAGGAAUUGAAGCAACAGCAACAGCAGCAGCAGCAGCAGCAGCAGCAGCAGCAGGAACAGCAGCAUUUUCGGAUUUUUUGGAUCGUGUAUGUGUGGUUCCUGUGGAGUUAUCUGAUUUACCUUUUAGCAGCCUAUCUGCUGCAGCACGUGCUGCAGCAUCAGCAGCAAUUAGAGACCCUCGUGUUGCUGUUGACUGGUGGAACCAUCCCUUCUUUAAUGAGAGUUAUUAUGUGCUGCAGGCAUCGAAGCUAAGCCUUCUUGCUGCAGCAGCAGCAGCAGAUAUAUUUGCUUCAAGUUUCUUCCUAUGGAGCGAUCCCCCUAGAUCUGCUGCUUAUGCUGCAUUCCAGCAGCAACAGCAGCAGCAACAGCAGCAGCAGCAGCAGCAGCAGCAGCAGCAGCAGCAGCAGCAGCAUGAGAAAAUAGGUCUUGCAGCAGCUUUAGACGGUACUUUCUUGUCAAAUGAAGUAAAGAGAGAUGCUAUUCUGCUGCAGCAAACACCACAAAGAAUUAAUAAAGGCAGCUGGUCUACAAACUGCGGCAGCAGCGUCUUUCACAUGCAUGCAAAUUACAGUCCGGCUGUCGCUGGAGGGUUUAUAGCGGGAACUAAACAAGCAAUCGCUAGGGUGUAUCCGCUGUGGAGCUCUUUCGUGCGAAGUUUGCUGACUUUGUCAGUUAUAAACGAUGAACAGCAUUUAUAUUCUCUUGCUGCUUGUUGGUUCCCUUCUUUCUUUCAUAUCGCCCCUUAUCAUCAAAGCUGCGACUCGCAGUUCUUAUGUAUACCGAGAAUACUUGCUGCUGCUGCUGCUGCUGCUGCUGAUGCUGCUGCUGAUGCUGCUGCUUAUCAUGGUGAUGAUGGUGGUUAUCGUUCUCCUGCUGCUGCUCCUCGUCCUGAUGCUGCUGCACCUGCAGAGCAGCAGAACCAGCAACAGAAGGAGAAUGAGCAGAAGCAGCAAGAGGAGCAGCAGCAGCAGCAGCAGCAGCAACAGCAGCAGCAGCAGCAGCGGCAGCAGUACUUUACAGGGGAGUUUGAUGCUGCAGGGUUUAUUAGUGGGUCUCAGGGCCCCGUUGUCUUUAAUUCAUUUAUACCCGAGGCAAUCUAUGCUCCAGCUAACUAG